UUAAACAUAAGAUGAGAGAAAAUCUUUUGUCUGAUUGUUUAUGUUUCUUUUCAGUUUCUCUUUUAAUUUGAUUUUCUUAAUUGUUUCCAAUUAGUAUUAAUUGUUUUUUUUCUUUUAUUUAAUUUGUUUGUGUGUAUACAUUUUCCAUUAGUAAGAUGGAUUUCAAAUCUAAUCCGACACCUAAACGAAGGAAGCAAACCCAAGGGCAUGUCUCCGUUAUCCAAGAUUCUGAAGCCACUGAUGAUUUGUCUUUCUACAGUUUCCCUCCGGUUGGAAAAAUUGAUUUACUUGAAGUUAAUGAUAUGGUUGAUGAGCGUCUUUCCAUUUUAGAAGUGUUUGAAGAACUUAAAAUUAGUGAGAUGGGUCAUACAAAAAAUCUACCCGAUCAUCUUGGUACAAUAACUGAGCGUUUAAAGCAGGUCACCACAAAAUAUGGUGAUAAUUUUAUCACAACUCUUCAUGCUCGAACUUUGGGUGCUCAUAAUGCUUUAAAAAUCGAUGCCCGUCGUCGAGAUCAAAUCUCACAUUUUCUAUUGAGACUAUUCUUUUGUACGCCACAGGAUAAAAAGAAUUGGUUUGUGGCCAGAGAAUCUGAACUUCUCCGAUAUCGAUUGUUGAAAGAAACUGUUGGAAUUAAUAAACAAUCGAAAAUUGUUGCCAAGAUGAUUGCUGAUAACCAAUUGAACUUCGAACCCAUAACACUGGAUGACUCAAAAGAAAGUCGUGAUCUUAAACAGAACGCCUUAUUCUAUAGUUUAACAGUCAAUGAUAAUGAUAAAGCUCCAAUUUAUCGGAUCAGAUUUGAAGAAGCGUUGGAUGUUGUUAGAACGCGUAAAGCUUAUGUUGAAAGAGGUUUUGCUUAUGUCACGACCCAUGACAUGAUUUCUCUGAUUUGUCACAGGUUCAGAGGUGAACUAAACUAUGCUCUAUCUCGACUUGUCCAAGCUCGACCAGAUGAAGAUAACCGUUUGAUUCCAUUGAUCAGCAAUAUUUACAUGAAGAAAAUUGCUUCUGCCAGAAAAAUGCAAACCGAUGCAUCGGGAAACCUUAAAGAAGUGAUCACCCCUCACAUGGUUGAUGGUUUAGCUCUUGAACAUUUCCCACCCUGUAUGGAAAACAUUCAUCUCAAUUUACGUAAAAAUCAUCACAUAAAGUAUAACGGUCGAUUACACUACAGUUUGUUUCUCAAAGGAAUCGGACUGUCACUUGAAGAUGCGAUUAAAUUUUUCCGUGAUGAGUUUAUCCAGAAAAUUCCACCCGAGAAAUUUGACAAAGAAUAUAGAUAUGGUAUUCGAUACAAUUAUGGUAAAGAAGGUAAAAAGGUCGAUUUCAGUCCGUAUGGAUGUGAAAAGAUUAUCAAUUCAAGUCCUGGAAUAGGUGAUAUUCAUGGUUGUCCUUUUAAACACUUCGAACCUGGAAUGCUGAAAAAAUAUUUAUCACGAAAAGGAGCGAGUGAUGAAGUGAUUGAGUCAAUCGAAACUCUUUUAGAAGAGAAAAAUUAUUCAAAAGCUUGUUCAGUUUACUUUUCGGUUCGUCAUCCUGGACAUAAAUUACCCGAAGACGGUAUAACCCACCCUAACUCUUUCUACAGCGAAAGUAAAAAAGCUCUGGCCAAGAAUCCAAAGAGAGAGGAUAUUAUGAUAGACGACGAAAUUGAUAAUUUCCUUCUACCAGAGGAAACUCGUAUUCUUACCCAAGAAACUACAUCAUCACAAAACGAUGAAGAAGAGUCCGAACCAAUGGACGCAACGGAGACCAAUGAAUCUACUAUUUCACCUAAAGAUUUUACCAAUGAACAAACUAUGGAAGAUUUUGGAGAUAAACCCGAUCAUCUUGAGCCAGAUUCACUAUCAGAACUCGAAGUUAUCAAGAGAGUUAAUGAAACAAUCGAUUCUUCAAAAUUGGAAACACUCAUUGAAAGGAUAGAUGAUGAACCCAAGGAACAAGAAGCCGAUUAUCUUGAUGAACCAGAACAAUAAUCGUAAUAAAUUUUCAA